UGCGCGCACAGUCCUCUAGUUCACACGUCUAGUUGUCUAUUUUUGUGCAUGUUCUGAGGUUGUAGUUUGUUUGUAGUUUUCACCGCGUCAUGGCAAGUUCGUGCACCCCCCUUACACCACCACCACCUACACAUACAGGAUACAAGGACGAGAGCCACAGUCACAGUCCUCUGCUGACUCCACCACACACUCCCACCUCCCCGCCACGACCGAGGUUCUCCUUCAGCGACCCUGAGGACGAGGAGGUCAUCGUGGACGACGACGAGCGCAGCGACUGUAGCAGUGACACCCCCGCCACGACACACACCCCAGUGCUGCCGUCCGGAGGGUGGUGCUGCAGCUCCGACUCGGCGUUCACCCCUCUACAGCGACCCCAGGCUCCGGACCAGCCGAACAUCCCCUUGCUGAUGUACCCCCAGUGGCUGGUCAACCAGUGGCUCCGGACCGCACUCUACCCUGACCCUCGGCGCUGUUACCCUUACCCACCUCCACGUCGGCCUCCUCCUCGGGCACCUCUCGCCCACACCAGGCUCGGCGUGUCCACCAGGCCCAAGAAGCAGUUCAUCUGCAAGUUCUGCAACAGACAGUUUACCAAGUCGUACAACCUGCUGAUCCACGAGCGCACUCACACGGACGAGCGGCCUUACUCGUGUGACAUCUGCGGCAAGGCGUUCCGUCGUCAGGACCAUCUCAGAGACCACAGGUACAUCCACAGCAAGGAGAAGCCGUUCAAGUGCGGAGAGUGCGGCAAGGGGUUCUGUCAGUCGCGUACUCUGGCGGUACACAAGAUCCUCCACCUGGAGGAGUCUCCUCACAAGUGUCCUGUCUGUAGCCGCAGCUUCAAUCAGCGGUCCAACCUCAAGACCCACCUGCUGAGCCACGCCGCCCCCGCUGCUGCCCCCGCUCUAGAUCUAUCUGCCCCCGCGCCGCCUCCAAGGCUAGGCUUCACCAUCGACGAGAUCAUGUCCCGAAGAUAAGGAGCUUCAUGUGCUAGCUCCUCCUCUAGUCUUAACCACCAAAGUUGUUGUUGUUUUCAACUUCCUAAAUGUUGCAGUACAAAGUUAAGAGUGGUAGGCUGAUUCAUCUCCCAAAGUGGGGUUUAAUUGUUUAAUAUAUUUUUUAAGUGUUUCACGUUGGUAUAUCUUUGCUCUAAAUAAUGUAUGGAUAUAGUUUGUCAAGUUUUCAAACAAUUUUCACUUUGUUCCGUUUAGUGGAUACAAAUGCAUUUCGUUUUAUUGUAGACAUACAAACUAAAGGGCAGUCACAUUGUUUAUAUUUUUUUAAUAGUUUAUAUGUUACGUUAUGCAUUUAACAGUAUUAUUAGCACAUAGUCUGUGGGCCAGUGAAAUACUUCCCAAUCAAUAUCGUAUUUUAUGUCCGAGUUUGAAUUAAUUAAUUUUAAGUUCCUGUCAGGUUAGGCUGAUCUCUUUUUUACCAAAAACAUUUUUGGCUUUGUAAAUAGCUUGUAUGUUAAUGGAAUAUUCCUAUGUAUGCAUGUAAUUAACUAUUUAUGGUGUAUUAUUUGUAAUAUGUUGUUGAUAUAAGAUUUUAUUGUAAAUGUAAAAAUAUCAUAUUGUAAAUAAAAUUAAUGUUAUUUAUUCCAAGUGA